AUGAGUCAUAAAUAUCCUCCACCUCAACAACCUUAUCCACAACAACAACCGUAUCCACAACAACAACCGUAUCCACAACAACAACCGUAUCCACAACAACAACCGUAUCCACAACAACCGUAUCCACAACAGUAUCAACAGCAAUAUUACCCUCCUCCACCUGCUUCGUCUACAUACUCUCCUGUUUAUAGUAGUGAAUAUGAUCCUCCAACCUAUGAAAACAAUCAAGGUCAAGGUCAAGGUCAAGUACACAGCGAAGUAGGAAAAAACUGGAAUAAAAAACCAAGGUUUCAAGAUUUAUGGGCGGCCAUCUUGUUUCUCAUUCAAUUUGUUGGGUUUCUUGUAUUAAGCUAUACUGGAAUAAAGACGAUUUUAAACAAAAAUAAAUUGUCAAACCAAAAUCCCGCUAAUGAUAAUGAUGAUAUUAUUAAGGGUAUUAAAUUGGAUACUAAUAGCAUAGUAUUGCUUGUGGUUGCUGGAAUUUUCGGAUUUUUCUUAAGUUUACUAUACAUGUUUUUAAUGCAAAAAUUUCCAAAACCUCUUAUAAAAAUCACUUUAUAUCUCUCAAUUGCAACUUAUUUUAUUGCUGCCGCUAUUUAUGGUUAUGUUGGGCAAAUCAUAUUGGCGGUUAUGUUUGCACUUUUUGGAGUAAUUUAUUUGAUUUGUGCUUUUACAUGGCGAGAUAGAAUUCCUUUUGCAGCUAUUUUGUUAGAAACCAUAACUUCGCUCACAAAAAAAUAUUAUGGUACGAUAAUAAUGGGAUUUGCAGGUUUAAUAAUUCAAGUAGGAUGGUCGAUUUGGUGGGCAUUGACUACAAUUGGAUCUCAGGUUAUAAAAACUGUUGUUCAUGUUACCGAUUCUGGAGUAUUUGCAACUUAUUAUUUCCUCGAUGGCACCGAUCAAGGUGUAGGCAGCACUCCAACCUUAAGCUCACUCAAACGUGCUUGUACUACUUCAUUCGGUAGUAUCUGUUUUGGUAGUUUGAUUAUUGCGAUCCUUAAUACUAUAAAAGCUAUCCUUCGCAACAUUGCAAACAGUAAUGAUGAUGCAUGUGGAUUUGUUGCUGCUUGUUUCGCCUGUUUAUUAGCUUGGAUUGAAUCUCUUGUAGAAUAUUUCAAUCAUUAUGCUUACGUUGAAGUCGCGAUAUACGGUAAAUCAUACUGUCGUGCUGCAAAAGACACUUGGAAAUUGAUAAAGAAUCGUGGUGUUGAAGCCAUUAUUAAUGAUAACCUCAUUGGAAAUGUACUCACAAUGGGAGCUAUAUUUAUUGGCGUUCUUUGUGCAUUAUUUGGUUACGGUUAUAUUAGUUUAUUCCUUAAAGAAAUUAAAGAUAAUGGAACUUUGGUUUUGAUACUUGUUAUAAUUUGCUUUGUCCUUGGUUUGAUGAUGACGAUCGUUGUAACUGAUGCUAUUGAUUCUGGUGUUACAACUACAUUUGUUGCCUUGGCUGAAGAUCCUGAUGCAUUAAGACGUACUAAACCACAAUUAUUUGAGAGAAUUCGACGUGAAUGGCCCGGGGUGGUUCAAGGAAUGUAA